AUGACGCAGACUGCAAAAUAUUUGGAUCUUUGGAUGCAGCGAGCUUCUGCAAUCAGCGAUCCACAAGCUUACAGAAGUCCAACUUCUGAGGAGACAGCGAUGUUGCUGUCGCUCACUCCGGCCCAUAGCCCUCCUGCGCUGUGUUGCCUGACCCACGCAAUGCAUUUGUUCGCAGACAAGAUUAAACAAGUCAUCUUCAUAGCAGCAACCAUGCUACCGUUUGGCUACCAAACAGAACAAGACAUCAAAGAUGGCGUACCUGAUUUACCCGAGGUUGGUGAUGUGUAUAACCUGAAAUUUGGUCUAGGGCAUGACCAUCCCCCUGCAAGGGUGGCACUGAGAAAGGAGUAUCGGAACGCAAUCCUGUAUCAAAAGAGCCCGCAUGAGGACGCCACACUUGCCUCCAUCCUGCUGAGACCAUGGCUAGCCACGUUGAUCACUGCCAAGUUUGGCCGCGACAGUGAUGGCAUUUGGAGUGCUGUGAACAAGGUGCGCCGCGUGUACAUAAAGACGGCACACGACCACAUGGUGAAGCCGGAGCAGCAGGAGGCUUGAAUUAUGAUCCGCCGGUCGCCACCCAGUGAGGUGACGGUUAUGGACACAGACCACAACCCUUUCUUCUCUGCACCAGAGCGCUUCCUCGAGCUGAUCCUCAAGUUCUUGUGA